GAGCGCGGGAUCCGCGCUCGGCUUUGACGGCGGAGGAACCUGCGAGCUAGCGGAACCUGAGGCCGGGCGGCGUCCGGGUCUGGGUGCUUUGUCACGUCUCCCGUCGGGUGGCAGGACAGGGCUUUGGGUGGAGAAUUGAGGACGUCUGCGCUUUUCUCUCUUUCCAGGCCUUCGUCGGUAGUAGAGAUCUCUGGCCACUCGUGCUAACGUUCUAUUCGUCGGAAUGAUGGAUUUCCUUUUGGGGAUACACCCGGAAGUGUUAACGGAAGAAAUGUUGUUUCUAAGAGAAAUGAGUGGAAAUAAUCCAUUUUGAGGAAGCCAUGGCAAAAUUAAAUACAAAGCGCAGAGUUUGUUCUCGGGAAUCUUCAGUAUCUUCUCUGUUAGCAAGCUGCAACCUGAGUGGUAGUAAUUCCUCUAACUCUGAUGGCUCUUUUCAGUAUAAGGAUAGACUGUACAGUUCUGCAUCUCAGGCUCUACAGGCCUAUAUUGAUGAUUUUGAUCUAAGCUGUAUGUAUCUUGGUGCAAGCACUGGAAAGAUUAACAUCGAUAAAUGUUCUGCUAAUAUGCCAGAAUUCUCCAACUAUGUUUAUAAACCAAAGAAUGCUUUUGAAAAUCUUGAUGACAAAAAAGAUUUGUCCUUAUCCUGUAGAGGACAGACUAUUAAUGACAUGGACUCCAUUAGCCUAACAACUGAUGAUCUAUUAAAACUUCCAGCAGAUGGAUCAUUUUCUUUCACUUAUGUUGGAGCAGGUCAUGGAAUUAGCAAGAAAAGCAAAAAACAUACUGGAAGACUGAGUUUAUCCAACAGUGAAAAGAAUCAAAAUUUUCAAGAACCAGCCACUCUCCUGGGCAAGGAUAACUUAGUUACCCCGGUUGUAUACACAAAUGUAAAAGGAAAGCAGUGUGGUAGGCUGAAAAACCCAAAACUUGUGAAUAAGGUUAAUAAAUGUGUUUCUGUACCAUCUUUAUCUUUUAACAAGAAAUCAUCUUUUAGGGACAGUUCAGAACACAAACUUGAAAAGAAUUACCCAAGAUGGCUCACUAGCCAGAAGUCUGACCUUAAUGUUUCAGGGAUAACGAGUAUACCGGAUUUCAAAUACCCAGUCUGGCUCUACAAUCAAGACUUGCUGCCCGAUACAAAUAGUCAAAGGAUUUAUCAAAUAUUUAAAGAAGAUCACUGUUCCCCUAGGCAUAGUUACCAGGCACAAAGAACUUCUCAGCUAAUGAAUAAAUUAGAUUGUUUUGAAUAUUCUUUUGAACCGUCAAACAGUUCACAUUCCUUGAGUGAUGGUAAAGGAUUAGUUAAUGAAUAUGAAUGUGAUUCUGAACAUAGCCAAUGUCAGUGUGACAAUCCACUUCUCCCAGGAUCCAAAAAGCCAUUCAGUGGUGACAGAAUUGAAUUGCUUAUCCUGAAGGCCAAGAGAAAUCUAGAGCAUUGUACUGAAGAAUUACCGAAGUCUAUGAAGAAGGAUGACAGUCCUUGUUCAUUAGAUAAACUUGAAGCAGAAAGAUCAUGGGAAAAUAUUCCUGUUACUUUCAAAUCUCCUGUUCCGGUUAACUCUGAUGAUAGUGUUCAACAAACUUCAAGGGCAAAGUAUGCUGACGGGUUCCUUGAAGACUUUUUAAAUAAUGAUAAUCAGAGCUGUACCCUUUCUGGAGGGAAACACCAUGGUCCUGUUGAAGCCCUGAAACAAAUGUUAUUUAAUCUUCAAGCAGUACAAGAAAGUUUUAAUCAGAAUAAAACCACAGAGCCAAAAGGCGAAAUUAAACAAGUUUCAGAAGAUGAUUUCUCUAAAUUACAGUUGAAGGAAAAUAUGGCUCCUGUUAAUAGGUCACUUCAAAAGGCUUUGCACCAUUUAUCUCGCCUGAGAGACCUGGUUGAUGAUUCCAGUGGGAAACAGUCACCGAAAAUAUGAAGAGGAAAAUAAAAGUCUAACCAAUAAGUAGUCACCACAGAACAAAAAUGUAUUUUUUUUCCUAUUGCUUAAACUGACAAAGUAAUUAGAAGCCAUAUAUUAUUCUGUGAUUGGUUCAAGUAUUAUAUAUUUUUUAAAAACCAGACUUGAAAAUGUCCAUAGAUUUUUGUGGUCUAUCCUCAUUUUGUGCCAAAAUACCAGGAGGUGAACUAGAAGGACCCACACUAUAUGGCCUAGUCUGACUUUGGUCUUCAGGCUGUCAAAUGUCUAAUAUUCAAAGAUGGAUGAUUUCCGUUCUUGAAGCUUACAUGGACUUAACCUUCUUCAGCAUCCUCAUCAUUUUAUCAUCUGAUUCUGGAUCAUUAAGAAGCUUUUCCUGGUUUCUAUCCAAAAUCUCUUAAAUAGACUCUUUUAUAAAGUUAGUAUCCACUUAAGGAGCUUGAGGAAUGUCAAAAUUGUUAUGGUGUAUCUUAUCCAUAUGGAAGUAUGUUACUUUCAAGUUUCAUAAAGCAAACAUUUAAGAAUAUGUUAUAUUUGCAAAUAACAUUAAUUGGUGCAGUGCUAAAAGGAUGUUUUAUAUUGUGAAUUCCAGGAAAACCUCAUUUAAUUAAUGCUUUGAUUCUAUAUGUAAGAUAAUCUUGACAGUACUUGACAGUUUAUAAAAUAUUUGGGGGGGGGAUAUUUGAGAUUUUAAUAUUUUGAUAUUAUUUCCCAGAUUUAAGUUUUGAGGUUAGCUCAAACUAGUAAAAACUAUAUCAGUGGCCAGUUGCUUUAUGGAAUUUGAUAACUAAACUUAAAUGAAUAUGGAAAAUCAGAAAGUAACUGUAUUUUAAAGCUAUUUUGUAAGUGCUGAACUUUCUUUAAGGUUUGUCACUAGCUAGGACUGAACAGAGCUCUAUAAUUUUGCAACUUCUACCAAAUGAGCGUCUAAUAAGCAGGAAGCAUCUUUACCAACAAAAUGAAGGAAUAAUUCAUAAGACAUGGGAAAGCAUAUUAAAAAAGCCUGAUGAAAUUAAAGAAUUGGUAUGUAUACAAAUAGUACAAAUUAACACUACCCAAAUUGGAGCGUUUUUGCUAAUAAGUAGCUUCACUGUCAAAUAGGAAUUUCUAAGUACAUUGGGUCAAAGAAUUUUUCCCCCCAAUUUAAAGCACUAUCUAAGGCCUUUGUUAUAGAACUUACAUGUCAGAGACUGUGGAGUGAAUCCUGUCUUUCUUUUCCUUGCCUAGUGAGUCAGUCACUGUACUAUUCUUUUUGCCCAGUUUGAGAGUCACUUGCUAAUAAGUUUGUUGUGUUUACUCUGUGGAGGUGUUUUUGCCGCAGACAUUCUAUUUCUGAUUAUGGUCUUCUGCUUCACAGGAGAUAGUUUGCAUACAAUCAAACAAGACAUUACUUUGAUGAUUGAAAUGUGGUUGUUAAAAGUGCAGAUAGAUUUUAAGUGGAUGAACAUAGAUCUGAGCGGAGCAUGUUCCAGUGAAAUCCAGUAUCCAACGAAUUCUAAAGGCAGAGCAGACAAAGAUAGCAGAUAAUUACAUAUUAUCUGUUGAUCAGAUAUAAUAUGUUUAGUAUACCUAGAAAGCAUCUCCAAAGGGAUUAUUAUGCUGUGUUGACUCUGAGUAGCACUGAUUUGGUUAGUUCUUCCAUUUGCAAGAACAUAUAUCCAGUACUAAAUAAGAUAAGCCUGUUCUAAAAUUUUGUUAUAACUAGUAUUUUAAGAAACUUGAUUAUACUUACCCCAGAGUAUUUUUCCUUUUGUAUUAAAUAUGGAAGUUUAAGUUUUUUAGCAAAAAAGAGAACUUUAAAUGAUUAAUUCUAACCUUUCAAAAAAUAUAUAGGAGAUUCAAACAAGAAAAAAAUGUAAAUGAUAAAUGUUCAAUAAAUUCUUUAAGGAAUUGAUUUAAUUAAUUGUUAAAUAUUUCAGUAUUUUUUAUUUUGAGAUUUCCAGAGGAAAAAAAGGAGACAACAGUAUUGAGACUGCUGAGUUGGGAAUUUAAAGCAGAUGAGAACAAUUAGUUUUAAAAAUAGAAUUGUGAAUAUAAAGUUUUAUCAACCUUUUUCUCUCUUUUAGGUAUAUUGAAAAAUAUUAAAUAGAAAAAGUGAUAAAAUUUUAAUAAGACAUUUCAGAUUUUUAAUUGA